AUGCAGAGAUCAGACGUCGUUUACUUCGGCGCUGGCCCCGCGGGGUUGCCAACUGAUGUGCUCGCCACGGCAGCAGCUGCGCUGCUCAAUUAUCAAGAGACCGGUCUUGGUGUGGCCGAGCACAGCCAUCGCAGUACGCUGGCGGCGGACAUCGUGAACAACAUGAAGGCCGAUCUGGCCGAUUUCCUCGAAAUUCCCUCGACACACGACAUUCUGAUUAUGCAAGGUGGAGGAUCCGGACAAUUCGACGCAACAGUCUACAACUCGGUAUUGGUUUGGGUGGAAAACCAAAGACAAAAGAUUGUUCAAGCGAAUGCCGACAUCAGCGAAGAGGAAUUGAUCAAACAGCUACAACAAAAGGUCCAAUCAGACUUGCGACUCGACUACCUGGUUACCGGUUCAUGGUCCCUAAAAGCCAACCAGGAAGCUGUCCGACUACUCGGACCAAGCCACGUCAAUGUCGCGACAGACUCGAGAAAGAUCAACGAUGGAAAAUUCGGAAAGAUUGCAGACGAGUCGACCUGGAAUCUUAGCGAAAAACCCGCCAUGAUUUAUCUAUGCGAAAACGAAACCGUUGACGGUGUCGAAUGGCCCAGCUUCCCCAAGACUCUUGAGUCACGAGCAUUUAAUGACGAAACACUCGUCAUCGGAGACUUUUCCUCAACCAUCCUUUCACGACGAAUUCCUUUUGAUCACUUUUCCGUUGUCUACUUUGGUGCACAAAAAAACCUCGGUUUACCUGGUAUCACUGUUGUCGUUAUCAAGAAGAGCCUUCUCUCAACUUUGAGCCAAGGCAAACCCGAACUUACCAGGAAGGUUGGCCUACCGGUUCCUCCAACUAUUCUGGACUAUGCGGUUACAGCCAAAAAUAACAGUCUUUAUAACACAUUAAGCAUUUUUGACGUCUUUGUUGCUGGUCAAGUGCUGAAAAAGCUUAUUGCCACGUUCCCGGAUAAAGUCCGUGGUCAAGAGGCACUUUCUGGAAAGAAAGCAGCUCUCAUAUAUGAUGUCCUUGAUUCUUACCCGGACAUAUACAAAGUUGUACCCGAUAAGAGCGUGCGCUCACGUAUGAAUAUAUGUUUCCGAGUUGCCAAGGGCGGAAAUGUCGACGAAGCGGAAAAGGCAUUCAUUAAUGGCGCUACAGAAAGAGGGCUGCUUGGCUUGAAGGGUCACAGAAGCGUUGGUGGAAUCCGCGUGUCCAAUUACAACGUAAUCGAUGAAACUGGAGCCCAGAAACUUGCCACAUUCCUGAAAGACUUUGCAACGAGCGCGUAA